CAGAAAGGAACAGCCUGAAACUAAGCAGCGGAAAAAUGCUAAGGAGGAAACCCAGCCAGAUCGAAGUCAAGCUUGAAGACAAAGACGAAAUUGAGGAAGCUCGCAGACGCGCCGCCGCCGCCGCCGUAGCGUCGAAUUCCUCCGCCGCAGCUGCGUCUGCCUCCAAGACCACCGGGGCCUCAUCUCUCCUCCAGCGCUUGGACCGCGCCUCCUUCAAUCCCACUUCCAAAUCCCAGCGUAUCGGCCUCGCUCCUCCUUGAUGUCAUUUCAAAUUCCGACCACUAACGGCUCCCCGAUGGAAGUCGAAGUGAAGCUCAGAUUGCCCAAUUCAUCCGAACAUCAAAAGGUCCUUUCUUUGCUCUCCCCAUUCCAUUCCCAAAAGCACAACCAACGCAACACCUUCUACGACGGCGCCGCCGGUGAGCUGAAUUCUCGUCGGGCAGUCCUUCGGCUCCGUUUUUACGAGAAUUCUCAGCCACCUAAAUGUAUGAUCUGCCUCAAAGCGAAAGCGGUGAUCACCGAUGGGGUGAGCCGGGUCGAGGAAGACGAGGAAGAGCUGGACCACGAUGUCGGGUUGCAGUGCUUGGAAGAUCCGACAAGGUUAGGGGAAGCGGAUUCUCGGGUGGCGAGAAGGGCAAAAGAGGAAUUCGGUGUAGAGAGGUUUGUGAGUUUAGGAGGGUUUCAAAAUGUGAGGCAAGUGUAUGAAUGGAAAGGGGUGACACUUGAAGUGGACGAGACUGUGUAUGAUUUUGGGACUUGUUAUGAGAUUGAAUGUGAGAGCACAGAGCCUGAAAAAGUGAAGGGGAUGAUUGAAGGUUUCUUGAAGGAAAAUGGGAUCGGAUAUUCCUACUCAGAGAAAUCAAAGUUUGCCAUUUUUCGGUCUGGAAAGUUGCCUCAAUAAUAAUUUUCCAUGAAUAAAAGGAAGAAAAAGAGUAUCAGAAGUAGUUCAUCACUUCAUUGCUACAAGUUAGCAGAGCCUCGUAUCUUUAACCCACACUGUCUCUAUUGACAUGAAAAUGUUUGUACCAUUUUGGUAUUUUGAUUGGCCAAACUUUUUGGAAAACUUCUUAAUCUGUGAUGGGUUACUUCAAUUGCCAUCUUAAGUUUCUAGAGUCAUAUGUGGAAACAAUCUAAACAUGCAACAAUCGAGUCUGAUAAUUUGAAUUUUUUUCCUGUGACCUCAAAGUAGUAGUCAUGAUUUUCCCCCCUCUUUUUUUCAGGAUUCAUAAUUGGUAUCUCAGGUGUCAUAAAUCUACUACUCUUAUUAUUAUCAUUAUGCGUUGUGAUAAGGUCUAAAGACUUUUGAUGUUCAUGGAAGUGAUGAAAAUGCUGACAAUGGUAGGAUUUGAUUCCACUGUAAUUGUAACUCAUCUGGGCUAAAAGAAUCCAGCUCAAUUACCAAACAAACACAAGUACAGAAUCCAGCUUUUCUGGUACUAAAACUUCAACAUCAGCAACAUAGAAGCAGACAAACGAAAAGACAUUACAUUAAGUGCAACUAGUAACUUUAGUAGGAAGGACGAGAUGCGCCAAGCCAUCCUCCACAGUGGAUGUGUAUUGUUUUGCAGCAACGAUUCGAGAAUCCAAGCAUGCUGGGGUAACAUUUCGAGCAUGUUGGAAUUCUAUAAAGCCUCGGACACAUUUAUGUAAUAAGCUGAGUGUUUCAUAAAAAAGCACGUUCACAUGGUAUUGCAAAGGUAUACCAACUAACAAGUGACCAGUAAACCAAUGUAAGGUAGCCUUGAAGCCUCUCAUAGUAACAUACCUACAAAAGAAAAACAUGAGGGAAAAAAAGAGCCUCUGGUUGGAAGGAGGUUUGAUUUCGGUUCAGCAACACACAAGUUCCUUCGACACACAAGUUCCUACCAUCUUUGUUCUUCCCUCUCCUAGUGUAUGAGUGAAUAUGCUACAGCCUACAAGCAACAUUUACACAUAAGGGUCAAGUUUUGUGGCAGUCUUUGAACGUAAACUAUCACAGGGAAGUUGAGAGACUGGGUGACCGGCAGAGUAUGUCCUACCAUGGCUAAAUCAUCAUCAUCACAUCUUAGGGGUGAUUUAUCCCCAUAAUAUACCUGUGAAGUUACUGUAAUACUUCUGCACUCGAAAGAAGAAAGAAAAAACACGCUGCUAUAACAGAUAUUUGUGUCAUCACUCAGUGAUCAAAAAAGGUACAUAUAAGGUCUGCAAGCAUCCCGAUUAUACUCCCUGGAAGGUUGACAUUGAAGAAAGAUAAGCAAAAAUAAACUUCCCUAGGUAUCCUAAGUCAUAUUCAACGCUGCAUGGAAGGAAGAUGAAGUCAUAUGAGAGAAUGCUUGAAAGGCAUGGAAGGAAAAUUAGGGGAAAAGGUGAAAGUACCAACAUAUCACAAUGUGAAGAUAUGCGGUCAGUAUAGAGAAAAAGAAACCUACAUUUCAAGCAUCAAUUGACUGAAAUCCCACCAAUUCCACAUUGUCACAACAUUUAAGAAGUCGUCUAAAAGUACCCAAUCCGCGCCACAAGAAAUAUCCGCUAAAAACAUCUAUAACAUUAUAGAAACAGUUCCAUCCAGUAAUGGACGGCCUCUCUAAAUCUACGGCGAAAAUGCAGGCUAAACUUCCUAUUCCUAAUACACAUAACCAGCCAAAAGAGCAAGCAGAAUAAACACCUAGCAACUUAUUUACUUUCUCUUCUUAGCAGGGGGUUGAUCUUCUUCCUCGUCGUCUUCCUCCUCUUCAUCAUCAUCGUCAUCCUCCUCUUCAUCAUCCUCGUCACCGUCAUCAUCCUCAUCAUCAUCAUCGUCACUGCCUCCAUUUCCAUUGGCCUCAGGAUCGUCUUCGGGAUCCCCAUCUUCAUCAUCAUCUCCACCCUCAUCACCAGAGAAAUCCUCAUCGCCAGCAUCAUCAUCAUCUUGGUCAUCAUCGUCUUCUUCCUCAUCAUCAUCUUCGGUGUCACUGCCAUCCACACAUUCAGGCUCUGGCUUCUUCUUUUUGUGAAGUUCUUCCAUAGGAAACCUGCAAUGAAAAAUUUAAAUUUCAGUUUCUUGGUUAACCAUACUCCUCCAGAAAAAUGGGUACUUUUGAUCCAAGAAACAAAUCAUUACCCUUUCAAUUGUGGAGGUAAAUUGUCACCAUCCCUCAGCAGAGAUCCAGCCUGGCCACAUAAGAAAACAUAUAGCGAUCAUGUCCAUGCUCUAAAAUAAUGAAAACAUCUACGCAAGUAAACAGGAGCAGUAAGCAGAGCUAAUGGAAUGGUUAAAGGCACUAAGAUAUAUCAAGCACAAGGAGUUCCAUUUGCGGAUACAAAUGAUGCUGUGAGGGCAAAAGAACUUUAAAAUGUUUCCAGAGCUAAAGUUUCAGACAAAUGCGACAGGUAAAUAGAAUUACUUUCGGAUAAAGCAAUGGUUGAUAAAAGGUUUCUUCCCAAACAAACAAAUGAAAGAAGGGAAAAAAAAAAGAGAAAAAGAUUGAACAGGACCACUCACAUAAUCAUGUAAGCACCAUUAUGAACACUAAAUACAUCAGUUAAUGUGGAUGUAUCCCAAAUUACCAAAUCCUCUGAUGUUAAAUAUUCUCUAGUAAGUUGUGGGGGAAUGACAGUAAAUAAUUUAGAGAAACAGGAAGACAGAAUAAGAGCACAAAAUCAAAUACAUUAAUUGAUUUCAAAGCUAUGGGGAAACACAUUCAAUGUUCCAUUGCAAGUCCAACUGAGACAGCCCUCCAAUAGAAUUGUACCCAAUUCAUUAUAAAAAAUUACCAAUACCCUCAAAAACCUUGCAGCAAACAGGUAACUUCGUGGAAGAGAAAUCACAUCAAUUUAUAAUAUCUCCCUUCCGGGCUUGCAUCAAAGAUAGGGUCAACAGGGGGGGAAAUCCAAACAAAAAGAGCACUAGUAAGCGACUAAAGACUAAGGCUUUCAACCACAAGAAAACACAUUGAGCCAAAAACAAUUUAGUUAACUACCAUUCAUCCACCGAACAAACUAAUAAACCACAGUAAAACAAGAAUGGACACAACACCAGACAACCAACCAACCAGUAAACCCUCAUAGAGACACAGAGAAAGAACCAAGAACAAAGGGAACAGGACCAAAAUACUGAAAACCCCACAAAAAACAGAGGAAAAAAAGAGUAACAGGCAUCAUAAAAAAUCAAACUUGGUAACAAAAAGGGGGG